GCAUGCGAGUCGAUAUUGUGACAACCCGCUGCGUCAUAGCGCAACGGUUUUGAUCGGCGACUUUCACGACGGCGACUGUCGCGACGGCGACUUCGGGGAACGGGAAUUAGUCUAUCGCUGCGCCACCAGCAGUCCUCAGGAUACUCCUCUUUAAUAUAAGUUCGACGUACGCAACGUUUGUACCUCGUUAUUGUCAUCAUACUUGUCAUCAUUCUUACCAUCUCCCCUGACUUAAUAACCCUCUUGGCGCCACCACUGUACUUUUCUAUUUAAAUGCAUAAAAUCUGAAAGCAAGUAUCUUCAAAGAAGUUGAUGCAGAUUAUCUAAGUGAUGGCGGCAACCGGUUCUACACGAUUGAUCUCACAUUUCCAGACCAAAGAACAGGAGCAGUAUGGCGCAGGCUGGUCAGAGCUUUGGGAGAAGGGUGAAAGCAAUUUGUGGGAUAGAGGGUUUCCUUCUCCGGCCCUGACCGAUAUCAUUGCUGAGCGACGAGAUAUACUGAGUCCGCUCAAUGUAGACGGGAGUCGAAAGAGGGUUUUGGUCCCCGGCUGUGGCAAAGGCUACGAUCCAGUCAUGCUUGCCCUGCACGGUUUCGAUGUUUUGGGUUUGGAGAUAUCCAAGACUGCUGUUGCGGUGGCGGAACGGUACAGUUUCGAGCAAAUGCAGAAUCCAUCGUGGGAAAAUUUCGCCAAAGGAGAAACAAAGGAUGCAGGGGAGCGAGGAACUGUCAGUUUCGUCGCUGGGGAUUUUUUCGCAAAAGAUUGGGAAGCAAGACUGCCGGACGACCAGAAGAAGUUCGACCUCAUUUACGAUUAUACAUUUCUCUGUGCCUUACACCCUAGUAUGAGACGCCCAUGGGCAAACCGUAUGGCUGAGUUGCUCACACCAGGCGGUUUACUUAUAUGUCUAGAGUUCCCACUGUGGAAGGAUGUAAGGCUACCAGGCCCUCCUUGGGGCCUUCAGGGUGUUUACUGGGACUUGCUGGCCUGUGGAGGCAAUGGGCUGAUUAGUGAGGGCAGAGAAGACACCCCCCCUUCAGUGAGCGAUUGUGUCCAAUUUGUGCGUGAGCUAUAUACGAAGCCGGAAAGAUCCUACGAGCAAGGGAGAGGAGAGGACAUGCUUAGCCUAUGGCGAAGACAGGGACAGGAGGCGGUAUUUUGAUUUUAUCCACGGUGAUUAGGCAGACGGGGUGGGUCAUAUCGACAUUACUUCGCCGGUUGAGUUGCAUUUCAUACUAGAACGAAAGCUUUUCGCUUAAACUACUGUGUACAAGGCCAAGCUUUCUACGCAUAUCUAGUGCCUCUUGUCAUUCUACGUGAAUGGGGAUCUAGCAACUGGAGCCGAAUAACAUAGAAUGU